UCUUACAGAUGCAACUAAUUCAUGAAAUUUCCAACUUAAAGAAUUUAGUUAAGCAUGCAGAAGUGUGUAAUCAAGAUCUUGAGAAUGAACUAAGUUCAAAAGUAGAGCUGCUUAGAGAAAAGGAAGACCAGAUUAAAAAGCUACAGAAAUACAUAGACACUCAAAAAUCAGAAAAUGUGAACAUGGACUUGUCAUACUCAUCGGAAAACAUUCAAGACCUCAAACAGAUGAAACAGACUCUGUUCGAUGCUGAGGCUGUAGCCCUCGAUGCCAAGAGAGAAGCAGCCUGUCUCAGGAGUGAAAAUCUGGAGCUGAAAGAGAAAAUGAAAGAACUUGCAAGUGCAUGCAAGCAAAUGGAAAAUGAUAUUCAGUUAUAUCAAAGGCAGUUGGAGGCAAAGAAGAAAAUGCAAGUUGAUCUGGAGAAAGAAUUACAAUCUUCUUUUAAUGAAAUAGCAAAACUCACCUGCCUUAUAGAUGGAAAAGUUCCAAAAGAUUUGCUCUGUAAUUUGGAAUCAGGAAGAAAGAUUACUGAUCUCCAGAAAGAACUGAAUAAAGAAGUUGAAGAAAAUGAAGUUUGCAUAAAGAAGUUAAUUUGCUCUCAGAGUUGAAAUCUUUACCCUCAGAAGUAGAAAUGCUAAGGAAAGAGAUAAAUGACAAAUCUGAAGAGCUCUAUAAAAUAACAUCAGAAAAAGACAAAUUGUUUUCUGAAGUAGUUCAUAAAGAGAGUAGAAUUCAAGAUUUACUUGAAGAAGUUGGGAA